GUCACCCAGCCGUACACAGAUUCUGGUAAACGACCCUUACCAUCUCCCCAAGACGUGACUAUCCACCUGAAGCUGGGAGCUGACUCCCCACAAGUCAGGGGUGGCCCCUGACCUGGCUGGAGGACCUGACCUGGCUGGGAGGCCACCUCGGAGAGCGCAGCAUCAGUUGAAAGGCGGAGGUUACCUGACCGUCUUCCUCUUCGGAUCUUCCCCCUCCCCCUCCCGCCAUAUAUGUGGUUCCUGACAUGCCACGUUUGCAGGCAGGGUUCUCAGACCCCCAGUGACCCGAGCGCGGUGAAGUGGCGCGCAAGACCACACCUGACAAGCGCGCGCAGGUUAUCGGCGAGGCGUGGAGGCGCGUAGACCUCUUCCUCGUUCGAAAAGGGAUAACGUAAAGCGCUUGCCCUGAGGAAUUCCCGGGAUGACCAACAAGUGUGAACGAUGCGUGACACAUCCUGCGACAUCUGGUCAAUAUUUGGCAUCACUGCAUGUGGCAACGUAGCCUGCCAUUUCUAUGCCAUGGCCACCGGGCGUCGCCUCCUGCUGACGGACCUGCUGCUGGUGCUGUUCGGCAUCAGCUCGUGGCUCGCCGUGAACGGCAUCUGGGUGGAGCUGCCGCUGCUGGUGGCCGCGCUGCCCGAGGGCUGGACGCUGCCCUCCUACCUCUCCGUCAUCGUGCAGCUGGCCAACGUCGGGCCGCUGCUGUACACGCUGCUGCGGUACCGGCUGCUGCGUCGCUCGACCAGACUCGACUCGCUGGUCGUGUACGGCAUGCUGGUGACGGGCGCCGCGGCGUGCUUCCUGUCGGCGCUCUUCUGGCAGCGCACGUCCACCGUGGCCGGCGUCGAGCACAGCACGGCGCUGUUCGUCCUGCUCUUCUUCAUCGCGCUGGUCGACUGCACCAGCAGCGUGGUGUACGUGCCGUUCACGGCCCGCUUCGGCAGCCGCUACCUCGUCUCCUACAUGGUCGGCGAGGGCCUGAGCGGCCUGCUCCCCAGCCUAGUGGCGCUGGCGCAGGGGGUCGGCGGCAACGCCGAGUGUGUCAACAGCAGCGCGGGCAUCAACGGCACCUUCCUGACACCGGCGCCGCUGAAGCCGCGCUUCCCCGUCGCCGGCUUCUUCUACUUCCUGUUCGCGAUGAUGGCGCUGAGCUGCGUGGCGUUCGCGCUGCUGCUGCACCUUCCGCGGCUUGAGGCGUCGCGCGAGCGCGGCUCGCCGCCCUCCUCGGACGCGUCGGACGCCUCGCCGCGCGGGGGCUCGCCGACGCGCCUGUACGCCGUCGAAGCGCCGGCGCCGGCGCCAGCGGCGCCCGUCUGGCGCUGGCGCUCACUGCUGCCGCUGCUCGUCCUCCAGGCGCUCAUCAGCUUGCUGGCCAACGGCUUCCUGCCGAGCGUGCAGUCGUACUCGGUGCUGCCCUACGGCAACUUGGCCUUCCACCUGGUGGCGACGCUCUCGCUGAUGGCCAACCCGGCCGCCUGCCUGCUGCUCUUCCUGCUGCCCGUGCGGCGGGCGGCGGUGGCCGCCGGCUGCGCCCUGCUGGGCGGCCUGUGCGCCGUCUACCUGCUGCUGACCGCCGCCGAGAGUCCGGCGCCGCCGCUGCAGGGCACCGCCGCCGGCGAGGCGCUCGUGGUGCUCGGCUGGGUGCUGUUCGUUGGUCUGACCACAUACGCCAAGGUGGGUAUCGCCGGCCUGCUGCGGCCGUGGGGCGGCAGCGCCCUCUUCUGGUACGGCGCCGCCACCCAAGCCGGCUCCCUGGUGGGCGCUGUAGCCGCCUUCUUGGCCGUCAACGUCUUCAAUCUCUUCACCGGCUACUACCCCUGCUGAGGUCCCUCGCCUUGAGAUGCCACAUGUUCACCUGUAUCGCGUGUGGUCGUGAAGAAAACACGGGCUCGCGUCGCCACUGGACUGCGGCGCUGUAUACGUGCCUUGUAUCGUCGAGUUGUUUCGUCGUUAGCUAUAGGAGUAGAGGAAGGAGGGCCUGUAGCCUCCAACUGCUUUUGGUGUUUUAGCCAUGGUGUCUUAUCAGAGCGGAGCGGAGCGUUUGUGUUCUAAACGUCAGAAUUUCUCAGAGUCUUGGAUAUGGACCGCAGAGACGGUUGUCGUAACGGUGCGCAGAUGUUUAAAAGGAAACCUGCUACAGCGGUACUGCGGUUACACUACUGCUGCUGCAUCGAUGGCUGUUGGUUGUUGGCUGAGAGUAAUUCUACCGCAGUGGUCCAGCAGUAAUGCUACUGCUUUGGUGGCUGUAGGUGUUUGCGUUCAACGGCCUGGACCUAUUGAUGAAUGUUUUUUUUUUCAGUCUGGGUAUGCAGUCAGCACAGCCGUCCGUAUUGUGCGCAUGACAUCUCUUUUGCGAUGAAUUUUCUCUUCACUGUAUAAAGAGCACUGUGAGGGGCGCAUACGCCGCAGUAGCUCCUCACUGUGGUACAAUUUCAGCCUAAAGCGUUUUGGCCGCAAACAGAUUGUAAACGUGGCAGUGUUUCAUUUGCUCGGGAUGUUCUGGAGUUGCAAAGGUGCGUUGGAUUAAGAAUUGUCUGCUGAUUUUGAGUAAAACGCCGUUGGAAACUAGGUCGGACCAGUCCGUUAAAGCUUCACUUCACGGAAGGGGGAUAGGCUGGGUCAUCCAGCUGACUCAUUCCGCUGGUGAUCUGAGGUGCUGCGACCACCAGCGGCGCACGCAGGAUUUUACAGUGUGAACGGAUUUCAAAAUUUCUUGAAAAAUGGUUAACGUGCUACAGGCGUAUGAAAUUUCAUUAAGGCGUAAAACAUCAUCGCAUGUUUGCUCUUUAUUUUUUGCGUGUGGACGUCAGAUUUUGUGUCAACAUUUAUUCACGCACAUGUUUAUGCACGUAAUUUGUCUGGUGGGAAGGUGGCCACGUGCCGCCUGGGGCCGCCAUGAGAACACGCUACCGGCGACAGACACAUCCAUUGGCCACUCGCUGUACUGAACCUUUGUUCGUGGGCUAGGUAAAAGCGAUACACUGCAAUAGUGCAAUAGCGACAUUGGUUAUCGCCGUGCCCGAGUGGUACCAUAGUGGGGCCCGAGCUCACAGAAUCCCCGACGGCGAGGUCGCAGUGAUCCCCGCGGGCUAGGGGAGUCUGUACUCCCCUCCCCCCCCCACACAGGAGCAUCGGCUGGGUGAGACCAGCGAAUGACAGGCAGAUCGACUUCUAAUGAGAAUUCCCUAUUCCGAUCGGCCCAAAUCUCUACGAAGCAUUUUGCGAUGAUUUCGAAUGUUGCGGAGUUGCUGCAAAAUGACGCGCUCAUUUUUCUGUAUUAAUGAUUGCCCAAGAACAUUGUGGAUGAAGUUGUUGCAAUAAGCACUAUCUUGUCUGCUGCAAUAGUUUAGUUUUUUAUUACGCAAUCGUUCAGUUUCAAAUUUUUCGAUUUAGUGAUGUCAAGCCGUAUAACAUCCGCACGUGAUGUCCAAUAUUAGACCAUUGAUGACGGUCAGAAGAAAAAAUGAAAACCAGUUUGGCUGGCGCUCCCUAGGGCUCAAUGUUGUCAGGACCAUAUGUAUUUGCUGUAUGUAUUUGUGUGCGUGUGACUGGUUGUCUGUACCCACCGAUGUCUGUCUUUCUAGAUGAAUAAAAUGUUUGAAUGUGA